AUGUGGCUGAAUUUUUGGAGGAGGCUCAGCGGGAACAAUAAUAAAUCGGGUGAAAGGGCGCCGAUUACGCAUAAUUGUCUCAAAAACGUCCUCACGCUUGCCCAAAUCGUGGGGAUUUUUCCCGUGGGUAAUGUAAGGAAUUCGGAUCCUUCUAAAGUGGAAUUUCGCUUCAAAUCCUGGAAAAUACUAUACGCUUUUUUAAUUUCGUUUGGAUUUUUGUUUUGUGGAGGGUUUUCGUUCUACAAGUCGAUGACAGUAGGGAUUUUGCUAAAUCAACUCAUUUCUCCACUUUUCUUCAUACACGCGUUUAUCACUUCGUUGUGUUUCUACAACCUUGCCUACAAAUGGCCCGACUUUCUGACCCACUGGACGAAAAUCGAAGACCACGUUCUGAAAAACUACAAAACGACUGCAGAUUUAUAUAAAAGAAUUCAAUACUCUGGGGUAGCUAUGGUUAUCGUGGCUUUAUUAGAGCACGCUUUGUCUGUUUGUAACUAUGUCUACUCUUCCACUUGUCAGAAUGAUGCGGAAGGUGCGGAACAUAUUUUCAAGAAACAGUUUCAUUUCAUUUUUACUUAUAUGCCGUAUAAUUUCGUGUCUGGGCUCGUUUUGACGUUUAUAAGUUGGACAGCCACUGUGGUGUGGAAUUUUGGCGAUAUUUUUAUCAUUCUGAUUAGUAUUAUUAUGACCGAGCGAUUCCGACAAAUCAAUCUCAAAAUGAAGAUCACAACUGAAGAAAUUUGUACCAGAUAUAAUAGCGCGGAUGGAAAAGCUCUUUGGCGUCAGAUUCGUGAAGACUACGACAACAUGAACAACAUAAUGCGUUCUCUGGAUCAACUGCUCUCUAAUUUGGUUCUUUUGUCUUAUUCGUGCAAUCUCACUUUCAUCUUGAUACAAUUAUUCAACAGUUUGAGGCAAAUGGGCUCCAUUAUCGAAGGCAUCUACUUCUUCUACUCCUUCGGCUUCGUCAUCAGCCGAAUUGUCUUCGUCUCAAUCUUCGGCGCCUUCAUCAACGAGGAAAGCCAAGCAGCCCUGCCAUACCUCACCUCCCUCCCCAGCGAAUUCUACAACGAAGAGAUACAACGAUUGAUAACACAAAUACACGUCGAUUCGGUGGCUCUGACAGGACACAAUUUCUUUCGGGUCACAAAAGGACUCGUGCUAAGUGUGGCAGCUGCCAUUAUCACCUACGAGCUGGUGUUGAUCCAGUUUAACCAAGCCACGCUGAACAAGUACAUGACAGCCAACGAGACUAUUUGUUUUUGA